UUGUGCCCUAGGCAGGAGAAAGAAAACAAGGGGAGAAAAAGGAGAAACUGAGGCAGAGAAAACAAGGAAUGAGCUUGUUAGAGAUGCAGAGUGUAAAAAUAAAGGGAAAGUAAUGCAGAGAGAUGAGAAAAGAUGAGGGCAGGGGAGAAAAAUAGGAAAAAGCCAGAAGUAGAAAAGGAGAGAGCGAGCGCAGGGUGGCGGAGGGAGAAGAGCAAAUGAGUGAGCGAAUAGGAGUGGAAGAGAGAGAGUGAGCGAGAGCAAGUGAGAGGGAGGGAGGCGUACAACACUGCAGACACUCGCCCACUGUCACUGCUCCACAGCCAGAGGACAGAGGCAGCAGCGGCAGCAGAGGAAGCGGAUACGAUGGAGGAGGACGACUGUACCAUCCAUCUGCAGCUCAGUCCCCGUCACUGACAGCCUCCCUCUGGGACCAUCCUGCCAAGUUGGGAACAAAACUACACUCCUGUCCUUCACAACACCAAGUACUGGACCCUCAACUCCUGCAGGAACACUGUGCACAAGAUCAUCAUUAUUUUUCCCGCUCUUGCACUCCCGCACACUUACUCACACACCUUCUCUCAAACUGAAGCACACUUCACUCUGCCUAUUGGACUAGCGAGUUUUUUGUUGUUUUUCAUCAUCGCUGCCUUCCGAGCUGAGUGGAUUUACUUUUAUCCUGUGGAGGACCAUGGGGCUGGGGUGGAUGGGUACAGGAGGGGCCAUCCAAAAAAGGACAGAGGAGAGCUGGUACCAUUUGGUGGCAUUGCUGCUGUUGUGUGGUUUCUGGGAGGCUCACACACAGACAGAUGAUGGGAAGUCUGUCUACUUCUGGGAAACAGGUCCAUGGGGAAGAUGUAUGGGCAGCGACUGUGGCCUGGGUGGCAGCCAAAGCCGGGCAGUCUGGUGUGCCCAUGUGGAUGGCUGGACAACACUUCACACCAACUGCGACCAGGCCCAGCGUCCCUCAAACCAGAGAAACUGUUUCCGUGUGUGUGACUGGCACAAGGACCUUUAUGACUGGAAACUGGGUGCCUGGAAUGAGUGCGUGCCAGUAUCAGCGAGGACCUUUGGGGCCCCACGGCAGUUCACGUGCAGUGGAGGCGAAGAGGGCAUUCAGACCCGGGAGGUGGGCUGCAUACUCAAGUCAGACGGAUCUCCAGCAGAGGAUGCCAUCUGUGAGUACUUUGAACCCAAGCCUCGUCUAGAGCAGGCAUGUUUGAUCCCUUGCCCUCAGGAUUGUGUGGUUUCUGAGUACUCGCCAUGGACAUCCUGCUCCAAAACGUGUGGAACAGGCCUCAGGAACAGAGUACGCAGUGUCCUAGUCCCUCCACUUUUUGGAGGCGCUGCCUGUCCCAACCUAACUGAGUUCCAGUCUUGCAAACCAGGGCCUUGCACAGGUCCAGAGGGCAUGUACAGUCUCAGGGUUGGACCGUGGAGCCUUUGUGCCCUCCCGCAGACUCGGACAGCUCGCCAAGUUAAACGCAGGAAAGGCAAAGGGCAAGGGCUCCGGGAGAGGGCAGGAGUAAAAGAUCCCGAGACUAGGGAGCUUAUCCAGAAGAAGCGUACCAGGAACCGCCUCAACCGGCAAGAGAGUCCCUUCUGGGACAUUCAGGUGGGCUACCAGAAUCGGGAGGUGACCUGCAUCCAUAGGAAUGGGAGCACUGUGGGACGCAACAUGUGCUUAACAAGGGACCUUCCACUGACCAUCCAGUCAUGCGUUCUCCCCAAGGACUGCAAGCUUACCGACUGGACCAUUUGGAGCCCCUGCACCAAAACCUGCAUGAACCCUGAAUCUCCCAGAGGCAAUCGGACUCGGACCAGACAGGUGCUCCAGUUCCCCGUGGGCGAGGGGGCGGAGUGCCCACCCCUGGAGGAGUUUGAGUCUUGUGAACCUCAGGGUGAAUCCAUACCACCCUGUGCUACUUACACCUGGAGAACCACAGAGUGGAGCGACUGUCGGGUUGACACAUUGCUGAGCCAACAAGACCGUCGACGUAGCAACCUGACAGGGCUUUGUGGAGGAGGCUUACAGACGAGAGAAGUGUACUGUGUUCAGGCCAACGCUGAGCUUCUAAAAUACCUCAAUGACCUUCGAGAAAAGGACAAAGCGGGUCAGACCCAAAAACAGCAGAAGCCUAGUGUCCCCCCUCUUCUCUCCAUCACCUUCCAGAUUACAGCCUCCCGCCCAGUGGAAAACAAGCUGUGCGAAGGUCCAAUCCCCAACAGAUCCCAGCUGUGCCAAAUCCCCUGUCCCAUCGACUGUGAGGUAUCACCAUGGGGUGCCUGGGGGCCCUGCACCUUUGAAAACUGUGAUGAUCAGGCUGGAAAGAAAGGUUUCAAACUGAGGAAACGACAGAUUACAAACGAGCCAACGGGAGGUCCUGGAAACUGUCCACACCUUGUGGAGGCGGUGCCAUGUGACGAGCCCGCUUGUUACGACUGGCAGCUGAUCAGUCUGAAUCCGUGUAUUCCUGAUGAUGGGAAGCAGUGUGGCUCCGGCACCCAGAUUGUGCAGGUCCAAUGUGUCAACAGCAACGGAGAGAAGGUGGAUAGAAAUCUCUGCACGUCUAACCCAACUCCAGAACCUGUGCCCUGUGAGGUGCCUUGCUCAAGAGACUGUGUGCUCAGUGACUGGACGUCCUGGUCCACUUGCUCUCAGACAUGCUCAAGCAAGACCAUUGAGGGCAAGCAGAUGAGGACCCGCUCUAUUCUGGCCUACAACGCUGGGGAAGGUGGCGCCCUCUGCCCGAACAGCAGCGCCCUUCAGGAGGUUCGGAACUGUAACGAACACCCCUGCACAGUUUACCACUGGCAGACGGGGCCCUGGGGCCCUUGCACUGAAGACCCCUCGACCUCCUCCUUCAACACUUCUGUGGGGGUCCGGCCCAACAGUGACGGCGAAGUUCCCUGCUCCAUGGGAAUGCAGACUCGCAAGGUUAUCUGUGUCCGAGUGAAUGUGGGCCAGGUGCCACCCAAGAAGUGUCCAGACGGUCCUCGCCCAAGCACGAUGAGACCCUGCCAGCUGCCCUGCAAGAAAGACUGUAUCAUGACCCCAUUCAGCGAUUGGGCAACGUGUCCAAUCACAUGUGAUGCAGCUGGUAUUGCUGUGAAGAAAAAGCAAUCAAGGAAACGUCUUAUCAUCCAGAUGCCAUCCAACGGAGGGCAGGAAUGUCCAGAGGUGCUCGAAGAAGAGAGGGACUGCGAGGUCCCCAAAAUCUGUCCCGGUUUCAGGUGGAAAACCCACAAAUGGAGGAAGUGCCAGCUGGUCCCCUGGUUUCUCAGACAGGACACUCCGGGUGCACAAGAGACCUGUGGACCAGGGCUUCAAACACGAGCCGUGUCCUGCCGCCAGCUGGACGGGACGCAGGCCGAUAUCAGCGAGUGUCUGAAAUUUGCCAAGGCCAUGCCUGCCAUCACUCAGCGCUGUCAGCUCCCCUGCCAGGAUGACUGCCAGCUGACCAACUGGUCCAAGUUCUCGUCUUGCACAGCUGACUGUGUGGGGGUCCGCACCAGAAAGAGGUCAUUGAUAGGGAGAAGCAAGAAGAAAGACAAGUGCAAGAACACACAAAUGUACCCUCUGAGUGAGACACAGUACUGCCCCUGUGAUAAGUACAACGCACAGCCAGUGGGGAACUGGUCAGACUGUAUCCUGCCUGAGGGAGGCAGAGUGGAGAGCAUCCUAGGAAUGAAGGUGCAAGGAGACAUCAAGGAAUGUGGACAGGGCUACCGCUACCAGGCCAUGGUGUGCUACGAUCAGGACAACAGGCUGGUGGAGACGUCACGCUGCAACAGUCAUGGUUAUAUUGAAGAGGCGUGCAUCAUCCCCUGCCCUUCAGACUGUAAACUCAGUGAAUGGUCCAACUGGUCACGCUGCAGCAAGUCCUGUGGGAGCGGAGUCAAAGUUCGCUCCAAAUGGCUUCGGGAGAAGCCUUACAACGGAGGUCGGCCGUGUCCUAAACUGGACCACAUCAACCAGGCCCAGGUGUAUGAGGUGGUGCCAUGUCAGAGUGACUGCAAACAGUACGUGUGGGUGGCCGAGCCAUGGAGUGUGUGGAAAGUCAGCAACGUGGAUUUGAAAGAAAACUGUGGAGAAGGUGUCCAGACCAGAAGAGUCAGGUGCAUGCUCAACACAAUUGACGGCCCGUCUGAGCCCGUCGAGGACUACCUGUGCGACCCGGAGGAGAUGCCCUUGGGGGCCAGGGAAAGCCGGCUGCCCUGCCCUGAGGACUGUGUCCUCAGCGACUGGGGCCCCUGGAGUCGCUGCACCCUGCCCUGUACCAGAAGUAACUAUCGAGUGCGGACAGCAUACACCAUUCGACCCCCCAGCGUGGGAAGAGAGUGUCCAGACACGACCGAAAAGGAACCCUGCAGCCUUAACCUCAACUGUUUCAACUACUUCUACAACAUCACAGACUGGAGUACGUGUCAGCUGAGUCCAAACGCUGUCUGUGGCAGCGGCAUCAAAACCCGGAUGCUUGACUGCGUUCGCAGCGAUGGCAAAUCGGUGGAUAUAAAAUUCUGUGAAGAGAUGAAUUUGGAGAAGAAGUGGCAGAUGAACAUCUCCUGUGUGGUCGAGUGUCCUGUCAACUGUCAGCUGUCGGAGUGGUCGGCCUGGUCAGAGUGUUCACAGACCUGCGGUCUAGAAGGUAAGAUGUGGCGACAGCGGUCGGUGGUUCAGGCUUCUCAGGGCGACGGCCGACCGUGCCCUUCUCAGAUGGAGCAGUGGAAACCCUGUCCUGUCCGACCCUGCUACCGCUGGCAGUACAGCCCCUGGUCUGAGUGUCGGGUAGAGAAUGUGGUUUGUGGACACGGCAUGCGCUUCAGGAACCUGUCCUGCUUCGUGUCGGACGGCUCCAGCGAUGACGAGGGCAGCCUGGUGGACGAGGAGCUGUGCAGCAGCCUGGAGGUGGCUGUCGAUGGAGACAAGCAGAUCAGACUGAAAGAGAGCUGUAUCCUCCCAUGUCCAGGUGAAUGCUACCUGAUGGAGUGGUCAGACUGGAGCUCGUGCGUCAACAUCUGCGCCAAAGAGGCCGGCGUCGACUUUGCCUCGGUUCAGGUCCGCUCACGAGCCGUGCUGGCCCAGGAGCCUGAAAACCUGCAGCUCUGUCCUGACCAGGAGUGGGAGUCUCAGCCCUGCACAGGAGGUGAAUGCUACGAGUACAAAUGGUUCAGCAGCAUUGGCCCAAAUUCCACCCGGCCUUUGAUCUGGUGUCAGCGCUCAGAUGGACUCAAUGUCACUGGAGGUUGUCCUCCAAUGAACCCUCCAGAGGACAACAGCUCCUGUGACCCGCCCUGCCUCAUGCCAAAGUCUUUCUGCAGCGAGGCUGGCAUUUGCAUGUGCGAGGAGGGUUUCACAGAAGUGCUGUCAUCCACUGGGCAGCUGGACCAGUGUGCCCCCAUCCCCAUCCUGGAGAUCCCCACAGCAGGGGACAAGAAAGGGGAUGUGAAGACCAGUCGUGCCAUUAACCCCACACUGCCCACCACCAUCCAGCCCGGACGCAACGGGCGGACUUGGUACCUGCAGCCCUAUGGACCAGAUGGGAAGCUGAAGAUGUGGGUGUAUGGUGUAGCAGCUGGAGCCUUUGUGCUCCUCAUAUUCAUAGUGUCUAUGAUAUACCUAGCUUGCAAAAAGCCAAAGAGACCUCAGAGACAGAGACAGCAGAAUAACCGACUAAAACCUCUGACUCUCGCCUACGAUGGGGACACGGACAUGUAGUCCUCCACGAGCUGUUUCACCCAGCACUUCACCUGUCACAGAGACCCACUUCAUCACGCCAUUACAGUGAGCGACAUGGAUGUUUGCAGCGUGAAUGGACACGUCACGGAGCGCAGAAAUGACGGGAAAUCCUCUUAGCAGAGACACUGGUGGGGUUUAACCAUUUCAAGUAGAGCUUCAUUCACUCCUCUUUUGUUUUCUCGAAUAUUUUCUUUUUGCAGAGCUAUUAUGACCUCCAGCGUGUUCAAAGAAAUGCCUUUUUUUUGCCCCCUACACACCAGUAUUUCUGUAUUGAAAGACUUGUUUGAGACACUGGAAAUGCUGGGCGCAGAAGACAGAACCAGCUCUCCUGCUGUCUUUGAACAUGGCAGCACAGGCUCCAGCUCUUCCCCCGCGCUUUUUCUGCUUGUCCCUAAAAAUGCUGAGUAGCUGGAGGCUUAGGAUGCUCUGACGGUUUGCACGUUGCCAAAAGUCACCGCAGGGAAGAGGAGGAGGGAGAGGAAAAUCUCCAUAAAAAG